AUGGCGCCCGUUUCUAAUGCUGUGUCGCCGCUUAUGCCGCGGUCCCCUUCUAAUAUCAAUGCAAAUAUGUCACCAUCUAGAGCCAAGCUGCUCGCUAUGCGAAGCACAACGUCAAAACCGCACACUUUGCAUGCGGCGCCACCUCCUUCAAAACCAAGUGCUGACUUCGAUAUGGCCGAACAAAUGAACCAAGAAAUCAGCAACAAGUAUGUCAAAGGCAAGAAACUGGGUGAAGGCACCUAUGCCAUUGUCUACAAAGGACAUUUAAGAUCAGAUCCGCACAAACUAGUGGCAAUUAAGAAAUUCAAAGUCGAUCCUUCGCAACAGAGAGAAGGGCUGAAUGUCGACACCAUACGAGAGAUCAAGUAUCUGCAAGAAAUCUCGCAUCCCAGCAUUGUUGCCCUGUUAGAUGUGUUUUCUUCGAAGGACCAAAACAUCAACAUGGUCAUCGAAUACUUUCCCAACGGCAAUCUCGAAGAGCUCAUCCGCGACAAGACUGUAAGUUACGGAGCUGCGGACGUCAAAGCCUGGAUGGGCAUGCUCUGUCGGGCCAUUUACUACUGCCACUCGAACUUCAUCCUCCACCGUGAUAUCAAGCCCAACAAUUUGCUCAUUGCCGCCGAUGGAGAAGUUAAGCUUGCAGACUUUGGUCUUGCCCGUUCGUUCGGCGAUCCAAGAUAUCAGAUGACUUCCAAUGUCAUCACAUUGUGGUAUCGCCCUCCAGAAUUACUCUUCGGAGCACGACAGUACAGCGGAGCGGUCGACAUGUGGAGUAUCGGCAUGGUCUUUGCGGAAUUACUUAUUCGAAGGCCUUACGCUGCUGCGGACGUGGCCAACCAAGAAGUUCUGGCCACAGGUGGUGGGACCGUCGCACAGCUUGACAAAAUCUGCGAAGCCGUGGGAACUCCGAAUGAGGACAAUUGGCCUGGAGUCUCCAAGCUGAGGGACUAUUUUGACUUGGAGAAGAAGAUUCCCGUUCGGGACAAGUCGUUUUACAUGGUCAUGUUCCCAACAGCAGGGUCUGUUGGUGUUGACCUCUUAAUGGCGAUGCUGAAGCUGGAUCCACGAAACAGAAUCACGGCCCAGGGAGCUCUAGAGCAUGAGUGGUGGCAGUUUGAUCCAAGACCAACUGACAAGGAGAAUCUACCCAAGCAAGGGGGAGGUGCUUCGAAGAUGGCUGCAGCAGAGGCUGCUGCCCCCGGGGCCGUGAUGGACGAGAACAAGUUCAAGGGUGUAGCCAAGAAAUUGGAUUUUGGAGCCGCCAGAAAGUGA